GUCGACCCGAUCCUGGAUUAGUUCCCAGGCUAACUGAUGGUUUGGUUACCGAAAGGCCAUUGGGGGAAGGUUUUUACCCUUAUAUCGAUGGGGUGAAAGUUACCAUGAUAUAGACUUCGAAUGGUGGACGUCACCAAGUCCAACAGACCGGUCGGCGCCGUUCGGUUUCUCUGGCUACUGGUCAGAACCUCCUCCAUGAUCCAGAUCAUGAUUCAUGAAACACAAGAAACCACGCCACGGUUAAUGCACAGCAUUCCUUGGGGAUAUCUCACCCGCUUAUUGUUUCUCCCCCUCAUUUCUUUCUUCUGUAGCGAAGCAAGUUCCUGGUGCCUUUACCUUCAUGGACAGAGGGUGUGAACGCCUCAUGGACCCUGGAAAGGCUAGACCCAUGGUACGAUUGUGACCAUCAGGUUCGAGA